AUGCGCCUUGCUCCUCGCGCAGUGUUCUCUGGCACGAAAACGCAGGAAGAAGCGUCUUUCUUGCCUUCCAACCAGCUUACCUUUACGCACGAGAACGGCGUAGCAGCACCAAGUCCUUAUGCCGUCAAUCGCGUUGGCGUCGAUGGGCCACUGCUCUUCACCAGCCCUCACAUCUUCGAUGAUCUGGCUCAUUUCAACCGCGAACGCAUCCCUGAGCGCGUGGUACAUGCCGUCGGCGCCGGCGCUCAUGGUACUUUUGAGGUCACCACGGACUUUGCUGAGAAGUACAGCAUGUCUCCAGCGUUCAAGAAGGGCAGCAGCCACAGCAUCACCGCUCGCUUUAGCACUGUCGGCUCUGCACGCGGCGGUCCCGAUGUGGCUCGUGAUCCUCGAGGUUUUGCCAUCAAGAUUCGGACGAAGGACAACGGUAUUCUGGACUGGGUGUUCAACAACACUCCAGUCUUUUUCAUUCGCGAUCCCCUCAAAUUCCCAGCAUUCAUUCACACUCAGAAGACCAAUCCUCAGACAAAUCAAAGAGACCCAGACAUGGUCUUCGAUUACCUUUGGCAGAACCCUGAAGCGAGCUUGCAAUUCUUGCGCUUGUUCUCUGACUUGGGGACGCCUUUUGGCUUCCGCCAUAUGCACGGCUGGUCUGGCCACACGUACAGACUGGUCCAACAAGACGGCUCUUGGGUGCACGUCAAGGUCAAGCUUGAAAGUGAUCAGGGUGUCAAGAACUUCACUGGGCCUCAAGCCAAUUACAUCGCGGGUCAAAACCAGAUGUGGGCCACACAAGAUCUGUUUGAAGCCAUCGAGCGCUCCGAGCAUCCAUCGUGGACGGUCAAAUUUGCCGUCAAGACCAUCGAAGAAGGCAGACAGUACAAAUACAAUGUCAACGAUUUGACAAAGGACUGGAUGGAUGCCCAGUGGCACGAGGUCGGCAAGAUGACGUUGACCCAGAAUGUGGAAAACUACUUUGCCGAAAUUGAACAAGUGCACUUCAGCCCCUCGAAUGCAAUCGAAGGCUGGGCGCCAUCCAACGAUCCCGUCUUGCAGUCGCGUCUGUUCAGCUACAACGACGCAGCAAGGCACCGUCUCGGUGCCAACUAUCUUCAGAUCCCCGUGAACUGUCCCUUGUCUCAGACUGCUCACUUUCAACGUGACGGCAAAAUUGCAGUGCAUGGAAAUCAGGGCAAGAGAGCCCUUUAUCCGAGCAGUACCGACCCACUGAAGUACGUGAAGUCAUACGUCUACCCUAAGGAGGAUCUCGACGAGAAGAAAGUCGUAUCUUUCGAGAGCCAGAUGCAGGAGCUCGACUACGACCAGCCCCGCGCGUUUUACCAAGAACUCGCAGAGCACGAUAAGGUCAACAUCGCAGCCAACUUUGGCGGCACCAUGGCGCAUAUGAAGAACACCAACGCUCAGAACGAGUGCAUCAAGCUCUUCGAAAAGAUCGACGCGCGCCUAGGCAAGGACGUGGCGGCCGCGAUUGCCGAGGCGAAGAAGCAGCCUCCAAUUGAUGGAGUCAAGGACCCAUCUGAGAUUGCCGUACCGGGAGGUCCGGCGCAGACGCCUGGUUCUGGUCAGAGUGGCACCUCGACGGUACCGACCAGUGAUGCUGGUGGCAAUGGCAGCCCGCCAAACACUGCUGCUCCGAAAGACGGUGACUCGCAGCCUACGACAGGCCAAGGUAGCCCGCCAGCAAAGACCAGCAAGGGUGUCGACAGCGGAGCACAAGGCAAUGCCGAACCCCAAAAGGCUGGUAGCGGUACGAACACCCCACCCAAGAAGGUGGAUGCGCCGAAGGGUGAAGUGGGCAACACUACGCCUACCACCAGCGCCACCACCGACAAGUCCAAGGGAGGCAACGGCACCAGCAACGAGAAGCCCAAUGUUGCCAGCAGCCAAGACGGUAGCACCGCUCACGAAGCCUCACCUUGA